AAAGGCGAAGCCCGGGGCGGACCGGCCACUUCAAUUCGCAUUCGCUCGGCAGUUGCACGUGCACCCCGCACCACACCAGGAGGACCGCCCGACAGCAGAAUGAAGUACCUCAUCCUUCUCGCCGUGCUCUGCGGCGCAGCGGUCGCCAAGUCGGUGAAGCAACUGCCCGACAGCUGGUCCGUGUGCAAGAAGAGCGACCCCCAGCUGCAGAAGUGCUUCAAGGAGGCUGUGUCGCAGGCCAUCCACGGCCUGGCUGAGAGCGGUGAGCCUUCCCUCGGCAUCUUCACCGUCGACCCGCUGCGCAUGACCCAGCUCAACAUCGGCCAGGGCACGGGCCCCGUCGCCAUCGACCUGGAGUUCCGCGACCUGGACCUGAUGGGCAUGAAAGGCGCCGUUUUCGACGACGCCACCAUCGACCCCAAGACGUACGACAUCACUGCCUCGCUCCACGUGCCCACCGGCCUGACCCUGGACGGCCAGUACAGCAUCAAGGGCAAGGUCCUGGUGCUCCCCAUCAACGGUGACGGUCACUGCCACCUCAAGCUGGCUGACCCCGUGCUGAGGGCUGACAUUAGGGGUGUUCCGGUGAAACGCGGUUCCGAGACCUUCUUCAACGUGACGACCUUCGCCUUCACCCUGGAGACCAAGAAGCUGUCCCUCAACUUCGAGAACCUCUUCAACGGAAACAAGGAGCUGGGUUCCACAAUGAACCAUUUCCUCAACGAGAACUCAGCUGAAGUUCUGAAGGAACUCAAGCCAGCUAUUUCCGAUGGAUUUGGUGAGGUCUUUAAGCAAAUCGCCAACAGAGUAUUCUCAAAGGUGCCGUUAGAUAAGAUUUAUCCUGACUAGGAGGGAUGAUGUGAUUCCUCGCUUUAUUUUGUAGUAAACUGCACCUAAAUACCAAAUUUAGGAGAACUUUGUAAGAGGGUUGCAUACCUGUCUGUUGUUAAUUUGCAAGAAAGGCCUUGUGUGCUUCUUUGGGUCAAAAUAUACCAAAGUUGCCUAUGUUAGACCCAGGUAAGACCUUAGAUCUCAAGGGAAACUGAAAGGCACAAGCACAUGAGAGAUAAUAGCUUUAAAAAUGCUGUACCCAUGAAAGUUUAGUGGUGUAACAAAUUGACUAAAUGCUAGAUAAAAAGUGCUGUGAUUUUCCCGUAGUCUUAAGUCAGUAGUAUUUACGCAUGCUACCACCCACCGUACUUACGCAAGAGCAGGUGACUCUGCAUACUUGUCUUGUAUAUAUACUUUGUGUAAGUGCCAGUGAGUAGUAAGUGUUUGAGGAAGUAUUGGUUUCUGAGCUGCUGUGUUCUCUCACAAGCAGUAAUAAUAACAGUAUUAAAAUUUCAAACUUGUUAAAAUUAAGUUGUUCAUAGGGUGGAUGAGAAUUCAAAGUGUUACAUGUGAAGAAUUUAAUGGAAAGGUGUGAAUAAACAAAACAAAAAUUUAUCUUUUCCCA